AUGGUGCGAGUAAACGCUUUUUGCGUUUUGAUCAGUAACCCUUGCAGAAGUCUUGACCAAGCAAUUGGAACUUGUCAAGAAGAAUCUGCUUAUACCAAAUUUUUACAAACAUUUAGCUUCUUACUUCACAGCUUUGAAAACUGGAGCAAGAAGCCUAAAGACUCUGAAGCAGAAAAGAUGCUUCUUGAAAACAAUAUGGUCUCAAGGAACAUUGCCUCUUCCUCCUCUUUCACUUCUGGCCGUAAAAUCGAUCUUCUGGUGGCUAACGAAGAUGGCGACGAACUUGCUUUCUGCGAGUUCAAAGCCAACAACAACACGACUUUAAUACAGCACCAACAAAGCAAGAGCCUCCGGCUCAAUCAACAGAUCCUGAUGAAGAUGAAAAGAAGAUCACUUAAUGAGCAAUUGAUUUUCUUCAAUGGGAAAGGAAACUUUGGGCGCUUUGUUGUGUUGGAAGAAACUGGAGAAAUCUAUUGUAGCCGCCCUUCUUCAGCCUUCAUUGUAUCUCAUAACAUUCUCCAACUAGAUGAUGAUACAAUCAAGGCAUUCAUCAGUUGGAAGCUGUCUUCACAUCAUUUAGAAACAUUUGUUGCUGGUGAACAAGAAGUUGGUUGCGGCAAGCAACAAGCCAGAGAGAGAAGAUGUGGGUAUUUACCCCAAUACCUGCUUCACAAUUGUGAAUAA